AUGACUUCACAUAGUUCGCCCUUUCUGCAUCCUGGGGCAAUAGCAAAGACAGAUCGCCUGUCAAUUGUUCAUCUGAAGCGCGAUUUACAAACUCCUACAAUCCUCAAGGACCACGACGAAGAUGAUGAAGGCUACUCAGAGGGCAAGGUUGUGAAUACUCGAUUUGGGUCGUUCCCUCACACCACGUUGAUAGGACUACCGUGGGGAGCCCAAGUCCGAGCCUCGAAAGUCGAUACAGGGUCUCGAGGACGUCGCGGGCAAAAGCAGGAGAAAAAGCAGCCUCAAGAGAAGAAGCGCAAACGAGACGACGCUGACUCGACCGAACAUCCAAAUAAGAGGCGCGACUCUGAGAACGGGGACGUUGCUAUUAGUACGCCGGUAGAAGGAAAGGAGGAGAAGGAAGCGGAGACUGCUUCGAGUGGUUUUAUACAUUUGCUUCCACCCACACCGGAGAACUGGACGAGCUCUUUACCACAUCGAACACAGGUGGUAUAUACUCCAGACUACAGUUAUAUUCUUCAUAGAAUACGCGCAAGACCUGGAUCGAGUAUCAUAGAAGCUGGGGCGGGCAGUGGAUCAUUUACACAUGCUUCCGCGAGGGCUGUUUUCCAUGGAUACCCCAGGGAAGCUGAUGUCAAUGGCACUUCAAAAGAGGAAAAGCUAGGCAAAGUCUGGAGUUUUGAGUUCCACGAACAGAGGCAUCAGAAAUUGGAGGAGGAAAUAAAAGAGCAUGGAUUAGACGGGGUUGUGCAGAUCACCCAUCGAGAUGUCUGCGAGGAUGGUUUCCUAGUCGAGGACCAAAGUCCAAAGGCAGAUGCUAUUUUCCUAGAUCUCCCAGCUCCAUGGCUUGCUCUUCCACACCUAACACGAUCCUCUCCGCCAAACGCAUCCCUUGGAACUUCAGAAGCAGGAACACCAGCUGCGAACGGCAAGGCUGAAGCUUCAACAACCCCCUUCCUCUCGGCUCUAAACCCUACCAAGCCUGUGCACCUCUGCACAUUCUCCCCCUGCAUCGAACAAGUCCAGCGCACCAUCUCCGCCAUGCGAAAGCUAGGCUGGGUCGACAUCGAGAUGGUGGAACUAUCACAGAAGCGCUUCGAAGUACGUCGCGAGCGAAUCGGCAUUGACAACGGCGCACAGCGCGGUCUACAAACAACACCAGCAUCGGUAGACGAAGCGCUCGCACGUUUAAUUGAGGUCGAGGGGACGUUCAAGACGUUCCAUGAGACGGGCGAGAAGGUCGAGGGGAAGAAGGAUAAGGGAAAUCCUAAUAAUCGCGAGAAGAUCCUCGAGAGUUUAGUGGAGAGGAAGGUGUACAAGGAGGGGAAUCUGGUGCAUAGGUGUGAACCUGAAAUCAAAACGCAUACAAGUUACCUUGUGUUUGCGGUGCUGCCGCAGGAGUGGAGUGCGGAGGAUGAGGAGAAGGCGAGGGUCAAGUGGGUGGUGAAGAUUAGGACGGAGGAGGGACAGGAGGGAGGGGAGGUGAUUGGGAUUAGCAGGAGGCAGUUGAAGAAGGCAGCGAGACAGGCGCAAAAGGAUAAAGCUAUCGCUGUGACUGCGACUGCGAAUGCUGAAGCUGCAGAGAAAGGGACAGAAGAGACUCUUGAGGGCGGGAAAGAAGAUAAAAUAGAAGUAGAAUAA